UUUGCAUUUGUUGGUCAUUGAUUGACAGAAGCUGUUGGAAAUUAGUUUUGAGUGCGAUUUACGGAAUUCGCAUUUUACCAAACGGGUGUGUUUUCUACUUUCAUGUUCAUAAAGUGUAGAUUUUUUAUGUAAAUAAUAGUAAAGAAAAAUAAAUAUUAAUUAAAUUGAACAUAUUUUAUGCAAUCCCUUUGCAUACAUACAAUUCUGUCAGUUUUGUAUCCUGCCGUUGUGAAAAUAAAAACGUAAAAGUAGGGAAAAAGGAGUGUGCCCAUGAGUGAUGCAUCGUCAGAGUGAGUGAGAGUGUAUUUAACGAAAUUUUUGAGAAAAGCAAACGCGCGAAAAAGGUGCAAAGUAAUAAAUAGCACGAAGAAAUUUGUGCUAACCAAAAAGUAAACGGCAAACACAAAGCGACCCUAAAAAAUAGAAAAAAAAACAAAAUAAAUAAAGAAAGAACCAAAAAAAAAGUGGAGCGAAAGCUGAAUUUCAUUCCAUUUAAAAAAUUGUAAUUAUUCAAGAAAGCAUCAAAGUGUAAAGUUUACAUAUUUUACAACUACAAAGUGGUUUAAAGGAUACAUAGAGAACAAUUGCAAGUCGUCGGAAAAAUCCAACAAAAGGCAAUUCAAGGAUUUAGACAAAGACUGCAACUAAAAAGCACUAAUAACAGCCUCACCUCGCAGUUUGUGGCGUAGAAAAUUAGUGCGGAAAUCAGCGGAAAUUACAUACAUACAUACAUACAGGAAGUAGCAGUUGGAAAAGCAACAACAUCAACAAUAAACAGAAAAAAAAACAAACAAAUAAAAUGAGUAAAAAACCGACAGUCGGACCCGCGCUCCACAAAGUGAUAAUGGUGGGCAGUGGCGGUGUUGGCAAAUCAGCACUAACACUGCAAUUCAUGUACGACGAAUUCGUGGAGGACUAUGAACCAACCAAAGCAGAUAGUUAUAGGAAAAAGGUCGUUUUAGAUGGCGAAGAAGUACAAAUAGAUAUAUUGGAUACUGCCGGGCAAGAGGAUUAUGCCGCCAUCAGAGAUAAUUAUUUCCGUAGCGGUGAGGGUUUUCUCUGUGUCUUCUCAAUCACAGAUGAUGAAAGCUUCCAAGCAACACAAGAAUUCAGGGAACAAAUAUUGCGCGUAAAAAAUGACGAGAGCAUACCGUUCCUGUUGGUGGGCAACAAAUGCGAUUUGAGCGACAAACGCAAAGUGCCGCUGAACGAAUGCCAGGCACGCGCCCAACAGUGGCAGGUGCCCUACGUGGAGACCUCAGCAAAGACGCGCGAGAAUGUCGACAAGGUAUUUUAUGAUUUAAUCAGGGAUAUUUCAUCACGAAAGAAACAACGUCAGUCCGAUGUGCGACAGCCGCCAAAAACCAAAUCUCAUUGCUGCCAACUGCUGUAAUAUAGUAAAUGAUAUGUGGAAGAAGAAAAAGAAGAAGAAGAAAACGCAAGUAAUGAUGACUCUGCAUUAAUUUAAAUGACGCUGAUGUGCAAGCAGACCACAACAUAAAUUGAUUGCCGAAAAAAAAAAACAAAACUAACAAUGACAAUGACGACGAAAGCAUCAGAAGAAACAUAAAAAUAAAAAAUAAACAAAAUUAAAAAAUUAAAAUUAAAUUAUGCAUUAAGA